AUGGACCACCUGGACACGCAGUUUGACAACGACGGCACAUCCUUUGCCGCCAUCUUCCAGAAGCAGCAACAGCAGCACCAGGAGGAAGAGCAGCUGAGACAACAGCAACAGCAGCAGCAGCACGGCCUCUAUACUGGCUCCUCUUCGUCAUCGCCCCCACCAUCGUCUACGUCGCCCACGUCUGCAUUCCGGUCGUCGCCCUCGCCCCCGUCGCACGACAAGCAGCUCUCGGCCACGACAACAGUCGACUCUCCGUCGCCUUCCUUUGGCUUACACAAUAAACAAACCACAGGCGGCGGCGGUGGUGGUGGUGGUGGUGGCGACGACGCUAGCGGUGGAGGCGACCUCAGCAGCCACGACGAAGGGCCUACGACGAGAUUGAGCAGCGGCAGCAGCAACAGUAGCAACAAUCACGCCGUAUCAAUGUUCAGCGCAGCGAGCGACAUGUCUGGGAUGCUCUCGGUCGACGGCGGCCAGAGUCACCAAAUCCAUCCUACGCCAAACCAGCAGCCGCUGAGACAUAAUUCGGUGCCCAUGGUCGGUGCUUCGAUGCAUGCGGGGCAGAAUAACACAAGGGGCGGCAGCGGAGGCGGAGGGGGAAUCGGGGCUGCAGGCGCUCUGACGGAUGCCGCUGCGCCGCAGAGUGGGACAGGCGCAGGACCGAGUACGAGGCAGCUCUCAUCCUUUUCCUCUGCCUCUUCCUCGAACCCCGCCUCGCCGUCGAUGCGGCCACCUAAUAGCGCAGCAGCAGCAGCAGCUGCUGCUGCCACGACGGACUUCUUUAAUGCAACGCUCAAUUCUUCGCCCUCGCCCCACAGAGGAUCUCCUCUGGGUCCUCAUAGCGCGGCGGCAGCAGCGGCAGCAGCAGCAGCGGGAUCGGGUGGUGCAAUGUCGAUGAACAGCACCGUGGGCAGCCCGGAAGACAUGCCACGACAAUCUCCGACCCAGGUCAAGGCCGAAGCCCACUCCUCACCUUUUCUCACUCCAGCCUCAUCGACGCAGACGCCGUCGAUGAACAGGCGAUUGCCUGAGCGCAGCGACAGCUACCAGAGCCUGAGCGGCGAGAUGAAUGGCAUGAACAUGGGCAACGAGCAGGUGCACGUGGUUCCUUCGCAGCCCAUGCGCACCAACAAUGCCUAUCUCGGCGGCAUGGCUGCUCCUGGCCCGGGCCACGGUAUGGGCGACUACACAAUGAUGUCCAUGGACUCGCCCCACAGCAUGAUGCAUGGCGGCGGCGGCGGCGGCAGCAGCAGCAACGACAACAAGCGCAGCAACAGCGACACCGGCGCCGGCGGUGGUGCCAGCUCCUCUGGAGCAAACAACAAUAGCCAAGCAGAUAAUGGCCAGGGCGCAGCGAGCACAAAAUUCGUCCACAAGCUCUUUCGAAUGGUGUCGGACCCCGAGUACCAGCACCUGAUCAGCUGGAACGCUUCGGGAACCUCGGUCGUCGUGACCAACUUUGACGAGUUUGCAAAGGAGGUGCUGGGCAAACACUUUAAGCACAGCAACUUUAGCAGCUUCAUUCGUCAGCUCAACAUGUACGGCUUCUACAAGGUCAACAAGACACCAAGAGGCCAUCGGCACGCCGUCGACACGCAGAUCUGGGAAUUCUCUCAUCCCAAAUUCAUCCGCGGACGACCGGAGCUGCUCGACGACAUUCGCAGAAAGGCCCUCGAUUCUGAACACGCCAGAGUCGAGGCCAGAGACCUCCAGUACAGUGUCUCGGUCGGCCACAUGCAGCUGCGCCAGGUCGUCGAUGAGCAGCAGUACCGCAUUGAGGAGCUGUACGAGGUCAACAUGGCUCUCAGGCAGGUCGUCAUUGGUUUGAGGGACAAUGUGGCAGGCAUCCUCGAGUGGAUCAAGAUGAACAAUGGCGGCCAACUUCCCUUUGACGCCAAGCUUCAGCAGGAUAUGCCUCCGACGCCCAUGAUUCCGUCCUUUUCUGGCGUGGGUCCUCAAGGGGCUGCUUCGCAAGGCUGGGGCGGAAUGGACACUUCGCAAACAGCCGAUGGUCCGCCGAUCUUUGUCACUGAGCCGGCCUAUGGCAACCCUCAUGGGGGCGGGCCCAUGGGCCACGGCCCUGCUGGUGGCGACGUCUUCUCCUUUGGCGCCAUGAGCCAAGUUUCGCCGAUGGGCUCCAGAAGGGUCUCUGCCGGCAGCGCGCAGAGCGAGGCCAUGGUGCAGCACCACAGCCCCCUCAUCGACGAGCAGGGCAGGCCGAUCUCUGCUCACUCGAGCAACGCCGGCCGGUCGUCCUUUGGCGAUCCAUCGAUGGUUGGACGCCCAAUUGCAGGCUCGCACAAGGCGGCAGCAAGUGGUCUUGCCAUCGACACUUCGCUGCACCACCACGCCCAGUUCGGCGUCAUGCCUCAUGGCAGCAACCUCUCUCCGAACCCUGGUCUUGGCGUCAUGGGCCCUGGUGGCCUUCCACAUUCGCCUAUCUCUCCCCAAAAUGCAGCCAUGAUGGCCGCGGCGAUCAACACGCCAUUGCCGCCAUCACCUGCCGUCAAUGCGCACAUGAAUGGAAACCCACUCGUGUCUGGUCAAUUCAAUCCAAUGGACCAUGGCCAAGGGUCACCCUUCAUGCAGACGAACCCCGGUGGGGGUAUGCACUCACCAUCGAUCCCUGGUGGAUUCCCAGGCCAGUUUGGCGCGGCAGCCUAUGCGACUGGCGGCAAUGGCGGACCAGGUGAUGUCUUCUCCACGUCGGCCAUGGCCAAUGACGAAGACGACGGCAUGCUGGGGCCCAAUAGCAAAGCGAGCCGGACACCGCUGAAGCGCACGGCGAGCAACUCUGGCGGGCAAUCUGGCCAACAGCACAUACAACAGCAGCAGGCUGCUGCUGCAUCAGCAAACCAGAAGCGCAAGUCGCCAUCAUAG